UAUUUGCGUCCUCAUAUUUUGCCUCACAUAGAGGGGGUCUGGAACGAACACUCUGUCAACUCUACAAGAGAAACCUACGACUUUCCCAACAGUCUCAAUAGCGUGUUUAACUACCACGAGGUUUUGACGUCUCUCACAAUGGCGCCGGCAGCGUCGAAUCCGAAGACUCCACACGCUCCGACAAAGUUCGUCCCAUCAACAAUAUACAAACCCGCUGUUCUGCAUCCGCCACAUUCUCUCAGCAAGAUAGGGCAGAGCGGCCACUGGGUACCAUAUCCUCUUGGUCUCAUGCCGUACGAUUCUUGGUACAAGCUCCAUCAUAGUAAUGGUGCUGACAUCCAGCCGAAACCGGCUCUCAGCUGUCCGGUCUGUGGAGGUAAGCGUGAAAUGACCGCUCACAUGCACAAACUAUUUCUGGUCGCCGAACGGCUUACCUGGGAGGACGAUCUACUGUCAGUUCACGACAAAGAACUCAACGCGAACUUGAACCUCAAGAUCAACAACGAGCACGGCAUCCAACGGCCCAUCGUCAACAACUCAGUACAUCUACCUGGGAGCAAGUACAGUAAGAUGAACAAAUUCCAUCCUUACUACAAUGAGCAUGAGAUGAUGCUCGCCCUUGAACUUCUGUCUGCAACAGAGAGCUUGACAGAAGCAUCGUGGUCGUUGUGGCUUGAGAUGCAGCUGUAUGCCGAAAAGAUAUGGGGAGCAGGCGAAACAACAGGUAGUCUCUCGUCUGAGACGAUGGCAGGAGAGCAUAUGAGAGCACCUGACACGACAUCACAUGACUGUGUGUCUGAACGACCGAGACACACUUCUGGGUUGCUCACGCCGCCAUUAUCCUCCGAGAAAGAGCCUGUGCAUGAAGACGCUUCCUUGAAGACAUCCACGACCACUGUCUUGCCCAUUCACGCUGCUAUUUCUGCCAUGCAACAGAGUCGUUCUACCACCAACGCCACAACUUCUUCCAGCUGUAGCAACCGCAUCAUCAGCUAUAGAAGCCUGCAAGACUUCUACACCCUUCUCGACCAGAUUGAGAGAACAUCGUAUGUCGGAGCGCUCUUCCUGGAAUCGUACGCUGAGAGGCUGAAGGACGAUAUGUGCAAGGACUGCUGGUUUGCUCACAACGUCAGACUUGAUGUUUUCUAGUGAGUUUCCGUGUACGUUCAUUGUUUCGAAAACCUCCCUAGAAGCUCACUAUAUAUUCCUGCGUUGGGCGAAAGAGGGGCGAUGCACGGAAGCGGAGCUUGUUCCUAGCCGUCGCGGCAUUACGCCUCUUGUGGCGGUGCUCUGUACAUAGACAUAUGAAACCCAUCACAACAUGACGUGGUCUCGUGGCUGUAUUCCGACAUGGUACAAACAUGUCAGGGUGGAUAACAA